UCCACUCGUCUCUGUCUCGCUUUCCCUCUCUUGUUUUGCUCUCUUUCUCUCUCCCCCCUCCCCCCUUGCUCCCCUCCUUUGCUGCCCCUUCGAUCUCCAUCCCAAUCCCAAUUCCAAUUCCAAUCCCUAUCCCUAUCACUUCCCCACCAGAUUCAAAAUCUAUACACACAUUUUUCCUCUAAUUCCAUCUUUUUUUACUUUCAAUUCUACCCCCCAACAAAUAAGAUCAGUUUUCUCUUUUUUUUUUUUUUUGUUUUGUUUUAUUGCUACAUGAGACAUCGAAAAAAGCUGAUCAGGAUUCAGAACACAGUGCCAAGAAGCCCAAAAACGAAGAAAGGGAUCGAAGAUCUGAAUUACUGACAUUUUUCGAAUGCCGUCAUUUCGUAUUCAGUGCAUUCAUUCAUUCAUUUCCAUCAAUUCACGUUUUCCCACACCAUAAAUAAAUAAGCCGGACCAUCCAUCUAUCUAUUUGCCUUCUCUCCCUUCCCUGCUUUCAGUUUUUCCACAGGCUUUGGAGGGUUGCUCUAUUGCACUGGAGCUAUGAUGCAUUUUGUAGCCCUUCUCUUCAUUAUUUGAUCUAUGAUACUUUCGUGAAUUUUUUGGAUCUGUCUUCUCUUUACUCUGCCGGGGGUAAAGCUAUAUUCCUUUUGUUGUGGCUUUGAUUAACAAAUUUUCGAAUUGAGCGGAGAUAUGUCAGAGGUGGUUCGGAGGUAAUGCAUUUAGUUGGCCUCCCCAUUGUGCGCAUCAUUGGUUUGCGUAGGGAAAUCUUCUCCUGAAAUCUUCUCUUUUGGAGUGAGGAGGGGGGGCAGAGAUUCACUCUGGGGCGUCAAUUUUCUGGUUGAUUUUUUGUAGGGUUUUAGCAACUGUUUGAUUCCAGACUAGUUAUGUUAUUCUCCAAUGUGUUUUCUGUGUUGGUGGAUUCUUUAUGUCUUCCGACAAGCCAUUAUUGUUGUCUCAAUCUGAACCCAUUUCUGCUCCAAACACUGAACCCCAUAACCAUGAUUCAUCCUUGAGAAUCAGCUCCUUGGGAUGUCUGUGCCACACUGAAUCGAUCUCUUCGUCGGUUGCUGAUGAGGCACAACAUUGCAAUUUAUAUGAUCUGAAGGAGGAGUUGGAGGAAAAUUCUGCCUCAGUAGAAGAUAAAGCUGUAUCGGGAAAUCUGUUGGAACAUCCUGCUGUGGAGCCUGUGAGAAAGGAAUUUCGGUCAGCAGAGCUGCACCAGAAAUGCCCCCCAGUGGAGCGAAAACGCCUUGUGUCAUGGGGUGGGGUUAUGGAUCUGGGGCACAAUAUGAAAGUCCUUGAAGUUUCUGGGCCUUUGCCUUCACCUGCUUCACCUCAGGUACAGGUCUCAGACAAACCUCAGACAUCUCGAAGGUCUCAGAGGUUCCUUCAGAUCAGCAUGCAGCUAGAAGAAAACAUACCACAUCAUGAUAACCCCAGGUUGAUCCAUAUUAAUGAUCCGAAGAAGACUAAUGAUAAAUUUGAGUUUUCUGGAAAUGAGAUUCGGACAAGCAAAUACACAUUGCUUACAUUCUUGCCGAAAAAUCUCUUUAUUCAGUUUCACAGGUUUGCUUAUUUGUACUUUUUGGCCAUUGCUGCGUUAAACCAGCUUCCUCCUCUUGCAGUCUUUGGGAGGACAGUUUCCCUUUUCCCUCUUCUUUUUGUGCUUACUGUUACAGCUGUAAAAGAUGGCUAUGAGGAUUGGCGAAGGCACAGGUCUGAUAGGAAUGAGAAUAACCGGGAAGCAGUUGUGCUACAAUUAGAUGAAUUCCGUCCCAAAAGGUGGAAAGACAUUCUGCCUGGUGAGGUAGUGAAGAUAAGUUCUGAUGAGACUAUUCCUUGCGAUAUGGUGUUGCUAGGAACAAGUGAUCCUAGUGGAAUUGCUUACAUACAGACAAUGAAUUUGGAUGGUGAGUCAAACUUGAAAACAAGGUAUGCUAGGCAAGAAACUAAUAAAUUGGUGCUUGAAGGGACGGCAAUAUCAGGGGUUAUCAAAUGUGAGCAGCCAAACAGGAAUAUCUAUGAGUUCAUGGGCAACAUGGAGCUAAAAGGGCAGCGAGUCCCUCUCAGCCAAUCAAAUAUCAUUUUGCGUGGUUGUCAGCUUAAGAACACAGACUGGGCUGUUGGGGUUGUGGUUUAUGCUGGGCAGGAGACAAAAGCUAUGUUGAACAGUGCAAUGUCCCCUGCUAAAAGAAGCAGACUGGAGACCUACAUGAACAGGGAAACACUCUGGUUAUCAGUUUUCCUUUUGAGCAUGUGCCUUGUUGUAGCAAUUGGGAUGGGUUUAUGGUUAAAACGCCACAAGACUCAGCUUGAUACACUGCCUUACUACCGGAAAGUUUACUUCCAGAAGGGGAAAGAGGGGAAGAAUUACACGUUUUAUGGUAUUCCUUUGGAGGCAUUCAUCUCAUUCUUGAGUUCUAUCAUAGUUUUCCAGAUAAUGAUUCCUAUAUCAUUGUAUAUCACCAUGGAGCUGGUACGGUUGGGGCAGUCAUAUUUCAUGAUUGGGGACCGACAUAUGUAUGACAGUAGCAGCAAUUCCAGGUUUCAGUGCAGAUCCUUGAAUAUUAAUGAGGACUUGGGACAAAUACGAUACAUAUUCUCCGAUAAGACAGGCACAUUAACUGAAAACAAGAUGGAAUUCAGAAAAGCAAGUAUUUGGGGAAAUAAUUAUGAUUACGUUCACUCUGUGGCUGGUUCAUCACAGUACACUGACGCUGCAGUGGAAGAUGCUAUGGCUGGUCGGAGAAAAUGGAAACUUAAAUCUGAAAUCAUCCCUGAUCCUGAACUCAUGAAAUUAUUGUACAAAGAUCUGUAUGGAGAAGAAAGAAUUGCUGCGCAUGAUUUCUUCCUGACCCUGGCAGCUUGUAAUACUGUGAUUCCUAUUGUCACUGAAACUCCUCUAUUAAGUGGCUCUGAAAGUUCACUUGGUGAUAGUCAUAUAUCUAUAGACUAUCAAGGUGAAUCUCCUGAUGAACAAGCACUGGUUGCUGCAGCGUCUGCUUAUGGUUAUACACUUUUUGAGCGGACGUCAGGGCAUAUUAUGAUUGAUGCCAAUGGUGAGAAAUUAAGGUUGGAUGUUUUGGGCCUGCAUGAGUUUGAUAGUGUGCGUAAAAGAAUGUCUGUCAUUAUCAGAUUUCCAAAUGAUACCAUAAAAGUAUUGGUGAAGGGGGCUGAUACAUCAAUGUUCAGCAUUUUAAAGAAAGAUCAUCCCAAUCAUGAUCGUAUAAGUCAUGCAACGCAGAGUCAUUUGAAUGAGUACUCAUCAGAAGGUUUGCGCACCCUGGUUGUUGCCUCUAGGGACCUUACAAGUGAAGAACUCAUGGAGUGGCAACACAUGUAUGAAGAUGCAAGCACAUCUUUGACCGACAGAUCUAUAAAACUGCGACAAACAGCAGCUCUUAUUGAAUGCAACCUGACCCUUCUUGGAGCCACAGCUAUUGAGGACAAGUUACAAGAGGGCGUGCCAGAAGCCAUUGAAUCCCUGCGCCAAGCUGGAAUAAAGGUGUGGGUUCUCACUGGAGAUAAACAGGAGACAGCAAUAUCUAUUGGUCUUUCUUGCAGACUCUUGAGUCCACAUAUGCACCAGAUCAUCAUCAACGGAAAUUCGGAGAGUGAAUGCAGAAAACUUUUAUGUGAUGCUAAGGCCAAAUACCUUGUGAAUUCUGCAAGUUGCGUUGAAAAGAUCACAGAACGGGAGAAGGAUGAACUUGAUUAUCUUGAAGUCUCUUCUCAAACGAAGCCAUCCAGUAUGCUCCAGCAGUAUACUAGCCAGAAUGAUGUACCGGGUUUAGGGCCACUAGCCCUUAUAAUUGAUGGGAAUAGUCUGGUGUACAUAUUAGAGAAAGAUUUGGAGACUGAGGGGUUGUACUCUGUUGUAGGGUUGCACCCUUGCAGAAGGCUGGAAUUGUUGACCUUAUCAAAGGUCGCACCGAUGAUAUGACACUAGCCAUAGGUGAUGGGGCUAAUGAUGUUUCAAUGAUCCAAAUGGCGGAUGUUGGUGUUGGAAUAUGUGGUCAAGAGGGGCGCCAAGCAGUGAUGGCAUCAGAUUUUGCUAUGGGGCAAUUCAGAUUUUUGAAAAGAUUGCUUUUGGUGCAUGGGCACUGGAACUAUCAGCGUAUUGGUUAUUUGGUCCUCUAUAAUUUCUACCGAAACGCUGUUUUUGUAUUGAUGCUUUUCUGGUACAUAUUAUAUACAGCCUUUUCUACUACUUCUGCGCUGACAGACUGGAGUAGUGUUCUUUAUUCUGUUGUAUAUACUUCACUACCUACUAUUGUUGUGGGUAUCCUAGACAAGGACUUGAGUCACAAGACAUUACUCAAAUAUCCAAAGCUUUAUGCUGCCGGCCAUCGACAAGAGUGUUAUAAUAUGUCCCUCUUUUGGAUUACAAUGGUUGACACAUUUUGGCAAAGCCUUGUUCUCUUCUAUGUUCCUUUGUUGACCUACAGAGAAAGCACUAUUGACAUAUGGAGUCUGGGCAGCUUGUGGACAAUAGCAGUUGUUAUUUUAGUCAAUGUUCACUUGGCAAUGGAUAUUCAACGCUGGGUAUUUCUUACUCAUAUUGCAAUCUGGGGAUCAAUAAUUGUGACAUAUGGUUGCAUAGUGGUGCUUGAUUCUAUACCUGCUUUCCCAAAUUAUGGUGCAAUAUACCAUCUCGUGAAGUCACCCGCUUAUUGGCUCUCCAUUUUGCUUAUAACAGUUAUAGGACUGCUACCCCGCUUUAUUGUCAAAGUUUUUUAUCAGAUUUUCUGGCCUUCAGAUAUCCAAAUUGCUAGAGAAUCUGAAAUACUGAGAAGAAGGCGUCGGUAUUUUGGGUCAAAGGCAGAUCAUGUUUCAAGCUGACGUGCAUAUUAUUUAUAAUUUCUAUCAGCCUUCAUUCGAUGAGCAUCUUCUCAAGUAUGUUCAGAUCUGUCUUCCCACUGGCAUUCAGGCAUCGAAGUUAAUCGGUAGCAGAAGCUGAUUUUUUGGCAUGUGAAACAAGGAAGUAGCACAGCUAAGAGCGCAUUACAUAGUCUGAUUAACUGAGAGAAAGCAGGGGGAGAGAGGUUUGCGUUGAAGCCAAGCUGUGUUGAUCUUAUUGGAUAUUGAAGACCAAAAGGAAUUCAGUUGAGUAGGAAAAAAAAAUUAUCAAAUUGUGCUGCAAAGGAUGCUAAUGCGUUGGCUGGUCAUGCUUGAUAUGGAGUCAGGACAGGGAAGGUAAUCUUAGUUGUGCCUGGAAAAUGAACAGAAACAAAAGACGUGAUACAAGGGGAAGUAAAGGGAAGACAGAAGGCAGUGUAUAGUAGUUUCUGUAGAGAAUAGAUGUUUCAAUCUUCACAUUUGUAAGAAAUCGAGGAAAAGUGUGUUUACAUGUCAGGGUAGAUUUCUAAAUGUAACAAAUCAAUGUCUGUUUGUUAAUUAUGUUUCAUCUUCUCUUUCUUUUUCCCUUUUUUCUGUUUGGGUGGGGGUGGUUAUCCGAGUUGUGUUUCAUUCUUGGUAUAGGCUGAAGAGAACAUGGAACCAAACAGGGCAGAAGUGGCACUCAGUGAGAAGUUACUAUUAAUUUUCUUCCUUGCAGUGAAGUUAAGGGGGACGACAUGGCUUGUUGUUUUGUUUGGUGAAAUGAGAUGAGAUUUUGUUGGGGGUAGGCCUAAUCAAAUUCAGCUUCAGGGGUUUGUUUUAGACCAUUUAGCAUUUUCUUGCUCUUCUGGGCCAACUUUUGGUAAAAACAAAGGUACAUGUUUUAUGUUUACAUGAUUCUCCUGCACGUCCUACAUGUUCAGUUUUGCCUCUAACUAAAUGUAAUAAAUGAAGUUUGAAUUGUA